AUGCCAUGGUAUUUUCCCUGGUCAGAAGCUGUGAAAAACAGAGCAUGUCGCUAUCUCCUUCAGCGGUAUCUAGGGCAAUAUUUGGAACAUAAGCUGACAUUGGACCAGUUAAGUGUUGAUCUCUAUAGUGGAGUUGGAAGGAUCACUGACAUCUUCCUUGAUGUGGUGGGCCUCAAUGAACUUGGAGAGCAGUAUCAUCUUCCACUUGAAUUCAUUGAGGGAUAUGUUGGUGAAAUCACCAUAUCUAUUCCUUGGUCCUCUCUCCUCAAUGAAAGUAUCUUUAUGGAAGUGAGAGGUUUGAGAUUGACAGUUCAGCCAAAGCAGAGGGAUGAUUUCGCAUCAGUAUUUGAUUCCAUGUGGGGCUCCAUGACAAGUAGCAUACAAAUAGCAGAAGAAUGUCUUCGAUCUGAGAAAGGUGACCCAAAGCUGCCUGAGUAUGGACAACCACUUGAGGGAUUGGAGAUGUUUGCUCAGGCUAUUGACACAGUGCUCUCGAAGGUAAAAGUACGAUUGUUGGAUACCACCUUCAGAGUUGAGCAUGUACCAAAAAACAGCAAUACUGGAGUUGCUUUUGAAAUCCGGGUGAAGCAGAUAGAUUAUUUUGAUGAAGCUGGUGUGGAGAUGCGUAAGGGAGAAGACAUGCCAAAGCAGGGUUACCAACCUGCAGCUUUCUCUAUCAAGAAAAUGUAUUUCCAUGGAGUAUCUUUCUUUGUUGAUGAAUUCCCAUCUCGGGCUCGAACUUUUUCCCGUAGUCACAGUUCUUCUCUUGGUGCAUCCACUCAUGACCAGGACAUGUUUCAGUCCUUCUCUGAAACAUUGAAUCCCAAGACAGACUCAUCUCCAGAAUCAGAAGGUGGAAGCAAUAUUUGCAAUGGACCAGAACCAAUUCUUCUGGGCCACCUAACUGGGAGGCAGGAAUUGCGCCUUCGAUUGAAACUUGUUGAGACUGUCCCAGGUGUCAAGGUUGACCUGGAGCUGAAUUGUGGCUCUCUUAUUCUUUUGUUCACUCCAAGACAAGCUCAUAUAGCUCUUGCCAUGCUUGAGGGGAUUGCAUCCCCUAGCAUGGAAGACACCAGCAAUGUUGGGGGCUACCAGAAGACCCAAACUUCUCGUGACAAGCCGAUGGAAUCAGACGAUUUUGAAAAGGUUGAAAAGGAACUUCAAAGACAGAUCCAAGAGAAGAAUUGGAUGGCACCUUCAAAUUUGGCCAAUAUGCAAGGGUGGACCAGUCAUUCCCUAGAAGAUGAAGAGUUCCUUCCCAUGAGAGGAAAGCAUGGUUAUCGUCAUUGCCCUCCUGGGGGUUCCUUGGCCCCUUCAUCAGCAGAUAAUGCCAGUUCACAGAUGGACACUUCAACUGGAAGCCUUUCCUCAUCUGUCACCUUUGCAUCUUCAACUGCAGCUGGGUAUCCCCUUGGAAGUUUCCUUUUGAAGGGAACAGAAAGGGAUAACUUCAAAACAAGCAAGAAAAUAAAUCACAUUGGAAAAGGUGAUGAAGGAAUGUCUGAGUUGACCCAUUUCCAAGUUCGAUUGAGCUCUAUGGCUCUGAUAUUGCUUCAUGAUGACAUCUUGACCUGUGCUGUGGAUGGAAGAGGUCAUUUGGCCAAGUCUUCUGUCAAUCAGCUGAAGUCUAUGGUUGGGAAAUUCUUCUCAUCUAUUGAAAACUAUACAUCUGAUGGAUUCACACAGAAUGAAUUCCGUAAAGCAGACAAGAUUUUCCGAGAUGCAUGUGCAUUCAGCCAUUGCAGGCUUCUAGCUGCUCCAGUAUCCCUUGAAGGAAGUGAGAAGAGCUCAAGUUCAAAGUCUGUGAUCUUCUGCCACCUUUCAGCUGCAAAUGCCAUCCUGACUGAGAGCUUAUGCAUGAAGGGAAAAGAUGAAUCAUUGCUCUAUGAAGAUUCUGUUCUUCUUGAUUUUGGAAAGCAGACCUCUUCAGCUGAGAAGCAGAGCGGUAAAACUGAUAUUAGACUUGAUGUCACUUAUACAGAAUAUUUGAUCCCAGCCCAUCAUCGACAAGGAAGACCUCAUCUGCAGCUCAGAUUUGAUUUUGCCCCUUUCACAUCUGAAGUGGACAUUUCAAUUACUGAUAGGCUUGGUGCUCUGCUAUGGACUCAGCUUCUUCCUAAGAAAAAUGUGGAAUCAACUGGAACGCUCCAUGACAUGAUAUCUGAUCCAGCCCCAGGCCAUAUUACCAGCAUCCAGAUAGUAUUCUCUUCUGCCAAGUUGCAUUUCAGGUUCCCAAUCCCUGACUUGCGCCCUCUACAUGACACAAGUCGUGCUCCUUGGUGGCAGCGAAAUGUGCGUCCUGAUGCCAUUGUCUUUGAUCUGUCUGAUGGUGCUUUCUCAACAACCUUUGAAUCAGGAAGUCCAAAGAUAGAACUUGAUGUGACUGCCAAAGACAUCCAUGUCUCAUACCUUGAGAAUGCCUCACAUCCUGAAGAAAUGAUCUCCUUCCUCAGGGGCUCCUGUAUCUCAGAUGCUGAGGAUGCUGGCAUCCCUAGACUCACCUUGCAUAUAUAUGGAGCUGAAGCUCACAUGUAUGGAUGUGAUAGAACAAGUGAUAAUUUGGUGGACUGUGAGCCAAGUUCUGUGUCCAUCAUGGGUCCUCUGGUCAAGGAGUGUGAAGGACGAGACCCUUCUCCUUUCACAAAGCGGCAGAUAUUGUACAACUUGGCACCAAAUCCUUCCCAUGGGGAAAAAGGUGUAGAUGGUGAGGAACUUGUGGUACCAUCUGACAAAGCUGAGCUGGAUGCUUUCAUUGAGCGCACUUUGUCAAAUUGCCAGUAUCAUAUUGAUCUGAGCAUUCCUAGUCUCACUCUCUUCUUUCCCAGCAAAAAGUUUUAUGAGCUCAUCUAUAACAGGUUAAACACAGACCUGCUGAUGUGGGAACCAGCUGCACCUCAUUCUCACCAGUCAUUCUCUCAUGCUUCAACAGUUCCUUCUCACAGACUGCAGGACUCCAUUUAUCAGGCUUUCACAAUGUGCAAGAGUGGAUUGCUGAGAGACUCGGACAGUGACACUGAUGAAGAGAGAGGGUAUAAUGAAAAGACCCCUCUAGGAAAGCUUCAGAGAGGAAUUGUUGGACAGAAUGAGGUUGUUCUCACGCUCUCCUCUCAGAGGGUAUUCUGUUCUCUACAUGUCCCUUUCAAAUGUGGUAUUGACAAUUGUUGUGAUAUGGAUGUAACUUACUUCAAGGACGAGAUGAAUGAUUUGGUGUUGGGGAGACAUGGAGAGCUGUUGGUGGAAGGUUGGGAAGUGGACAAUGUACCAGAUAGCGUAAAACAUGCACGUCUCCUACCGGAAGAGCUUCGAUCAUAUGGAGAUCCACAACUGACAUUGUAUUUGUCUGAUGAAGGAGUACCUACCUCAAUGAAUGGUUUUGUUGGCAAAGGAAUGGACUCCUUGGAUAUGAUCACUUUAGUCAUUGAGCAUAAUUUGGACAAAGAUCAUCACCUGAAGAGGUUCCAGAUUGCUUUGGCAUUCCGAGGGACUACGCUUAGAUAUCGCAUGUUCCCUACAAACCAAGGGUGGUUGAAUGAAUUAAUUGAUUUCUUUGAUGUUGUGGACUUUCCUCUGGAUGGCUAUGAACCACCAACUGUUGUCUCUGAACUUCAUCUCCAUUUCUGGGGCUCUGCAAUUGAUUAUAGGCCCCUGAACUUGCCACUACGUGCCAUGAUCACAGUGGAAAGCUUCACUGUGUCAGGAAACCUUGCUUCACAGACAAGCACAUCUCUCCUUCGCUUCAUCAUUGAAGAUGGUGAAUUGUGGCUAUCAGAUCAAGUGUCUGACAUCCCUACUGUCAGCUUGCAUGCACAUUAUGCAUGUGUUGUUGAAGUGGGUCUCUUUGACAUCACAUUACGUCUGUGUAACAGGAAGGACACAAAAAAUCCUCGUGUUGACUUUCAUGCCACAAACAAUGUAGUGCACAUACGGACAUGUGCUGAUUCCUUCCAAGCCUUGACAGACCUGAUAAAGUAUCUUGCUUCUAAAGGUGAUUUAGUUAUGGCUGAUGAAACACCAGCCACAGUGCCAAUUAGCCAUUUAGAAGAAACAGUGUACACUGAUGGAUUAUGUGCUUUGGAUCGUGAUGGGAAAGUGAAAGUUCCUGACCUCAUGGCAGAAGCAAUGAAGGAAUCAUCCAGUGGAACCAACAGUCAUGCUAAUUCUGCCCAUCCAUCACCAGAGGAAAAACCACCUUUGGAAAUCUUCUUCUAUGCUGGAGAUGAAGCUGGAGAGUUUGGAACAUAUGUGAGGGAGUGCAAGGGUGAAAAACUUGUCAUGAGUGAUCUUGAAGAUGCCUUGGCUGAUGCAUCUGUUGAAGAUCGUAGAAGUUCUGAGGAGGAUUUCUGCAUAUUGGAAAAUGACCCUGGGACAGGAAUCUUGUCAAAGCGUGGAGAACCUCAGGUGAAAAUUUUGACUUCUGAGCCAAUUUCUGUUGUGGAACAUCAUUUCAAAGCUCCCAUAAGGAAGGCAGACAUUCUCAAGGCUCCAAAAGACUUCCCCCAGCCCACCCAUCGCUAUACUUUACAUAAGAUGAGCUUGGUUUGGCACAUCUAUGGUGGAUGGGAUUUUGAUUCGACUGCCUUGCACAGAGGAAAGGGCCCCAAGAAGAAAUCUGGUGGCAUGGAAUCCCCCAAGCAUCAAUCAACUAGAGGCCAGGAAUCAGCAGGCUAUAGUGGUUCCAAACCUUCCUCACACUCGGUUCACUUUUCUUCAGAGGACAUAAAGCAGUCAGUAUCAAUACUAUGGUCACCAAAGAAGAAAAGUGGGAACAAAGACUGCAGGGGAGGAGUCAAUAGAGACAUCAAUACAGCUGUGGAAUUCCAUCUUCUAAAGAUGUCAUUUCAACAUGAAGUAUACCCUGAAUCUACCCCCCAGGCCUCACGACAAGUUCUUGUCAUAAGUGACAUUGAAAUUCUAGAUCGGCUGUCUUCCUCACAAAUCAACAAGUUUCUUUAUCUCUAUUCUUCUGAGGCCAUGCCAAGACAAACUCAUGCCAACAUGCUGUCAGUGAAAGCAGUUCAUUCUCGCCCAGAUAUGUCAGCAGGAGCAGAAGAAUGCUCACUUCGGAUUUCUGUGUCCCCACUGCGACUCAAUGUUGACCAAGAUGCUCUCUUCUUUCUCCAUGACUUUUUCCUUUCUGUCAGUGGCGGCUCUUCACCCCUUUCCAAAAAUGUUGACUCUGGGGGCAGUGGCUUGAAACAACCAGUGAUGAAAUGUGGAAAAGCAGAUGGAAGUGAAGAACAAGACGUAUCUGAUGAAGAAGAUGGAAGUGGUGAAGAUGAUCAAGAAGACUCUCACAGCUUCUUCAGUGAGCCAUCUUAUAAAGAAGAGUCACACCAAUCUCAACCCAUCUACUUCAGGUCUGUGUUGUUCUCUCCAGAAGUACCAAUCAGAGUAGAUUAUCAUGGAAAGCGAGUGGACCUAGGGCAAGGUCCUCUUCGAGGUCUUCUCAUUGGACUAGCUCAGCUCAACUGCUCAGAACUUUGUCUAAAGAGGAUUGAACUUCGUCAUGGUAUUUUGGGAGUGGACAGAUUGAUGGCAUAUUUGAUCUCAGAGUGGGCAAAUGAUAUCCGAACCACCCAGUUGCCAAAUAUUCUUGGAGGAGUGGGACCCAUUCAUGCAUUUGUUCAGCUGUUUCAGGGUCUUAGAGACCUUGUGUGCCUCCCUGUGGAGCAGUAUCAAAAAGAUGGCCGAAUUGUGAGGGGCCUCCAGAAAGGUGCUGCCUCUUUCUCCACAUCCACUGCAGGAGCCACCCUUGAAUUGACCAAUCGCCUUGUUCAAGCUAUCCAACUGGCUGCUGAAACAGCAUAUGACAUGGUUUCACCUGGACCAAGUGUGAGGUCACGACAUGGCAGAAGAUCUAGUCACAAGAGAAGAACUCCUCAGCCAGCUGACCUGAGGGAAGGUGUCUCCAAUGCCUAUCAAGUUGUUCGCACUGGUUUGGGAGAAACUGCACACACACUGGUACUGGCAGCCAGCCGUGAGCACGAGCACAAAGGUGUUUCUGGUGCAGUUGGAGGGGUGUUACGUCAACUCCCUCCUACAAUUGUACGCCCCAUCAUUCUAGCUACAGAGGCCACCAGCAGUGUUCUGGAUGGGAUGAGGAAUCAGCUCAUCCCUGAUGUUCGCCGAGAGCAACAGGAAAAAUGGAAAACAGAUUCCUAGUCCACCCCAUCAUCCUAUGACUAGCAGCUUCUUGAUAUCCGGUUCUUUCAGGGCUUUCAUUUUUCAAGGAAGGGCAAUUCUUGCUCUGAUGUGAUUGUGCAUGAGUUUUUAUGUCCAGCUUCAUGUAUUGGUAUGGAUCCAUGUUCAGAUUCUAAUGGAAAAUUUGCAAUUAAGGCCUAUUUUAGGUCAAUUUUAUCUAUUGAAAAGACUGGGUCUGCUUGACUCUGGUUCAUGUUUCCUGCAUGCAGGCAUCAUUACUUUUCUGGUCAAGAGAUGGAGUAUUAAGUAUGACACUGGGCAUGAUAGCAUACAUGCUCUGAUGAAUAUGUCUUACACUCAGCAAUCCCUGAGAGCCUCAGUGAGAAUAUGUGAAGUAUUUGCUGAUUCAUUAGCAGCGCCAUACACUACCAGGCUUUUAGAAUAAAAGAAGUUUUGUAAA